AUGACUGAUCCGGACGAAGUGGGGAAAGAAGUGUGGAAGCGAUGGAUACUCGAGGCGAUACAUAAGAUAAGGUCACAGAAACAGCGGCCAAGCGUGGAGCGAAUAUGUCAUGCUAUAAGACAGCAUCACAAUUAUCAUGAGGAUGUUGUGUCUGAACGCCUAGAGCGUGCGGUGCGUGAGGGAACCGUGUUGAAAGUUUACAACAAAGGUCAGAGUUCCUAUAAGGAUCCAGGCGGGUUGCAAAGUAGAAUUUUACGUAUUGGACCUGAUGUGGACGUGUCGCGAGCGGUGGCUAAGGCGGUUAGGGAGCUAGGCGAGAGGGACGGCUCGAGCUUGAAGAGUAUAGAGAGAUAUUUGCGACAAGCAUAUCAAUUGACUGUUGAGUCUGGGGCCGAUGUGAGAACUGUGGUACGUGCUGCGGCCAAACGAGCCGUUGCACGAGGGCUUGUGACCCAUCAUGCAGGGAAUUACAGAGCCACUGAGAGACCCUUGACUUCCACAGACCGCCCUCUCAAGCAGCGUUUGAAAUCUGCACCAGACAGCCCAGAAAAGAAGCAAAACCAGGGAGGAGUGCCAGUUUGCACUGAGUGCCUUGGUACUGAAAUACGGAAUCGCCUUGGGGCAGCAGAGGAUCUGAUUUGUUGCUACCAGUGCAAAUCCUAUGCUCAUCCAACCUGCCUUGAUUUGCUGGAGCAUGUCAGUUUACCUGUCUUAAAGAGCGUGCGCUGGGCGUGCGGCGAGUGCGCCAGCUGCGGCGCGUGCGGCGCGCGCGGUCGGUGGGCGGCGCGCUGCGGCGCGUGCGCCCGCCACGCGCACCCGCGCUGCCGCCCGCCGCCCUGCCGCUGCCGGGCGCCGCGCACCGGCGACGCCGACGACGCGCCCGCCCCCAGAUCGCCGGCGAGCGGGACGCCGAAGAAGAGGAAGCAGAAGGCGGCUCCGCGACGCCCCGAGUCGGACGACGAGCCCUCGGACGGUAAUGCAUCGCCGGCGUACGCGCGCCUCCCGCCCGAACAGAGAAUGUCGAAGGAGAAACAGAAGUUUUUCAGAUUCUCCGCGUUCAAUCUCGUCAAGCGACGCCGCUGCAGGGGCUCCUCGAGCGAAUGGGAGGGCUGGGAGGGACGCUCGCGAUGGGGCGGCGUCAGGGUAACGAGGGUGCAGCGGGUCGAGCUCAGGCUGGAGAGGCACUCGGCCGCCACCGGCACGCCCUCCGACGCGGACGACUCCUCCACCGACUCCGAGUCGAGCGGGCGCCCGGAGCCGCCCCUGCUGCGCGCCCUGCAGGCCUACGUGCCCCCCGCGCCGCCCGCGCCCCCGCCCCCGCCCCCGCCCCCGCCGCAGCCGCAGCCGCCGCGCGUGCCCACCAUCUUUGAGCGCCUCGCCAGCGACACGGGCCCCGGCGGAGUUUGGGGCUUCGCCGCCGAAGCGCAGAAGGCUCGCGACCCGCCCCCGCCGGCGGCCAGCCCCCGAAGCCCGGGCGCGCCCGCGCCGGCCCCCGCGCCCGCACCUCCCCGCCCCGACCCGCCGCCCCAGUCGUCCGACACCGGCGCCGCGGACAGACGCCGGCGACGCAGCAGAUGCGGCGACAGGCUGUUGACGACCCUCUUCGACGGGCUCUCGGAAUUCUACUCGGUGCGGACGGCGUCCCGGUCCCAGUCGCGCCACAGGCCCGAGAGGUGCAAAGUGGCGGAGGACAGGCAGGUCCUGAAGGAGACGCGGAGCACGUUCAAACGCUACCAGGCGACGCUGAGGCGCGACGGGACGGAGAAAGGGCCGAUGGCCAGCCCCGCGAAGGCGGGCGCCAGAGGGGAGAAAGAGGCGGAGAGAGAGAGGCCCGGUCCCGGCAUGACCGCGUCGCAGCUGGUCAGGGGCGCGGCGGUGAGCAAAGAACGCAUUUCGGCGGAGGAGGCCGAUAAACUGUACAGAGGGCUCGCGAUGGCGGCUCGGCAAGCCGGCGGAGAUCGGCCGGCCACCAAUCAGACGGAUGGCAUGCGCCUACCGGCCGGCGUGACGGAGGCGGACGCAGAGUUGUUCGCUCAGGCUCGGGCGAACGCCGGUGGCGUGUCGGGGGCGGAGCCCGAGGCGGCGCCCAUCACCCCGGGGACUGCGCCCCCGCCGCCCAGAUGUCCAUCCGCCAUAGAGUUUGGCCAGUGGGAAAUCGAGACUUGGUAUUCAAGUCCCUUUCCGCAAGAGUAUGCAAGGCUGCCGAAGCUGUUCCUGUGCGAGUUCUGCCUGAAGUACGCGAAGAGCCGCGCGGUGCUGAUGCGGCACCUGGACAAGUGCCUGUGGCGGCACCCGCCCGCCACCGAGAUCUACCGGCGCGCCGACAUCUCCGUCUUCGAGGUGGACGGCAACGCGAACAAGAUCUACUGCCAGAACCUGUGCCUGCUCGCCAAGCUCUUCCUCGACCACAAGACCCUCUACUACGACGUGGAGCCCUUCCUCUUCUACGUGCUCACCAAGAACGACAGCAAGGGCUGCCACCUCGUCGGCUACUUUUCCAAGGAGAAGCACUGCCAGCAGAAGUACAACGUGUCCUGCAUCAUGACCAUGCCGCAGUACCAGCGGCAGGGUUACGGGAGGUUCCUCAUCCAUUUUAGUUAUCUGCUCUCAAAAGAAGAAGGCCAGCCUGGCACGCCGGAGAAACCGUUGUCGGAUUUAGGACGGGUGUCGUAUCAUGCUUACUGGAAGUCCGUCAUACUCGAAUAUCUGCAUGACCACAGAGAUAAGCCUUUCACAUUCGAGGAUAUCGCAUUUACGACGGGAAUGCACAUGAACGAUAUAGCCGUCACCUUUCAGUUGCUCGGCUUCGUGAGAUACGUGCCCGACAACGACUCGACGAAAUUGGGCAUCUGCGUGGAUUGGAACAGGGUAGACAAUCACGCGAAGAAAUUGAAGAGUAAACCGCGCCUCGAGAUUGACCCGGAGUGCUUGCGAUGGACACCGUUGCUAGCGCCCACAGUGAAUCCUUUCAGAUCGCCCGAGGAAGGUUCUGGAGACCAGGACACGGAAAACGACGAAGCGGAAUUGAAAACAGAGAGUGAGGACACCGCCACUGAGUCUGAACUGGCCAUCACCAAACUGGAGAUCACGUCCAAGUCCGAAAAAGACUCCGACUUGCCAGUUGAAGUGACCUCCUCAGGAAGGCGGCGGACCCGCCCGCUUAAGUACAGCGAGACCACUUACCAGACCACGCCGAACGUCGCCGACGGCAAUCGCAAGAGGAAACGGGAUGCGAACAGGAAGAUAUCGGAAACUAACGUCGACGACGAGAGACCAGAGAGGCAGCAGCGUAGUAAAAGCGUUGCGCGCAGAUCGUCUAGGGCCGCUCAGAACGAGGCUAACGACAUCAGUGUGCUACACAGGAGCAGACGGCGGAGUGUCAAAGAGACCUCUUACGCGUCGGACAGCCAAGAGAGCCAGGAGAGCGUCGACGCGGAAAUCAAUAACACGCCCGUGGUUGCCACGAUCAAAGCUAAAUCGAAAAGAAAACUCGCCUGGAGGGGCCGACAGACGAAGAGGCAGAAAGUCAACAGGGCCAACAUCGCGCGAGGCAGUUCGCCCGAGACCAAGAAGUCAAAGAUCAUCGCAACAAGCAAUGAGGACGUCAACGAUUAUAAGACGGACGAUUCCGCUUCGCAGCCAGAAACGGCGUUGGACACCAUCGGGGAACAAAUGCAGCAGACCAUUGGCGAUCAGACUGAUAGCAAAGUCGAGGAAAAGGCUAAGAAUUCUGAGGGUAGCUCCGAGGAUUCGUCAGGGGAGGCUGAUGAUGAGAUGGACGUUGAAGAGGGUGAAGACAGGCGAAGCGUGCCCAGUAAGCCGGCUACGCCGCGCCAUCUAGAAGACAACAGCACAGACAAUCAUACCAGUGACAUGGAGCUUGACAGCAUUCACAUGGACUCACCAAAGUCUAUAGCCGAGAAAGAUCAAGUUAUAAACGAAACGUCUGCUGGCGAGAACCCCGAGCACGAAGAUAUCGCCGAUGGCAAAGAUAAUAAUCGAGUGACACCAGAUGCCAGCAUGGUCGUAGAUGAGGCGGCACCCAAAGAAAUCAACGGUGAACAGAAGGAAGAACCGACUAAACCCGAUAACCGAAAUGGGGAGAUCCUUGCCCCGACGAAGCCCCCACACGACGACAAGGAAACCAUAGUUAUUUCUGAAUCAGACGAUAACAACAGUCAAAGUUGCCCGUUGCCUUCGCCCAAGCCUAAUAAUUUGGCACCCGUGGACCACCCUAAUGAGGUUAAAACUAAAGAGGUGGAAAGCGCGAGUCCUGUAAAGAGUUUGCCGGUGGUGUCCACCGAAAACUCUCAUAUUGUGUUAGAUGCGAAAGUUCAAGAGGACGCGCCGGCUAUACGACCCCCCGUAGACCUCAUCGUACCGAAGAUACAUCAGAUAGAAACGAUAGUUGUCGAAGGUGAAUCGGAUAAUGCCACUUCUCCUUUAACGGGCGUUUCGCCUAAGAAGACUGACAGUACGGUGCACAAUGAAAUAAAACAAAAGAAGCCCGAGGAAGAAAGCAGAGAAAUGAACCCCGAACAGAAGAAGUGCGAAAUCAGAAAAGAAACUGUAAUUCAACAUCAAGUUACGGAGGAGAUAAAACAACCAGAGAAAAAAUCACCGAAUAAAAUCGAAACGAUCAUACAGAGUCUAGAUCCGAACAGAGAUAUGACAAGCAAUAUUAAAAAGCCCGAUCCGCCGAAAUUAGAUUCCUUUGCCGACAUGGACAUACGGAAUAAAAUUCAAAGUCCAAACACGAGUAAAGAAAGUGACCUUCCAUACAGAAACGACACAAGUAUGAGGAAGGAUGAAAUUGUAAUUUCUAGAAGUAUUAUCGAAACAAGCAUUCCGGCCUAUCAAAACCCUGUCAGCAACUCAAUGACGAUACAACCGAUUAAUACUUAUUUGCCUAAUAGGACUGUCACAAAGGAAUCCCAAGGAGUACAGACCGACAAGCUUCCACAUAAGAUAAAUGAACAGCACCGCAUCAUAAACAGUAUACCCGAUGCGGCGGUAGUCAGCAAAUGCACAACAAAGCUAGAAGUGCCGCAUCCCAUAACUUCGCCAGUCAUAAACCCGGUCAUCCCGAAAAUUCCGAACGUGACCGACAUAAGUUUCCUGCCACGAUGCCAAAGCGCCAACGCAGCCGUCAACCUGGGCUUAGACCGAACUGACCUGGAACCUGGCUACACCAACAGCAACCCCAUGCAGAACGCUCUCGGCCCUUCAAUGAGCAUCAUCCACGCCAAUUCGCAAGAAACGAAGACCGAUCCCAGUCAGAAACCACGCGAGAAGAGCAAGCUGCGUGACGUAAGAGUUAACUCCGCGCACAGUAAACUCGAGAAGACCGAUAAGAAGAACUCAAAAAACGAGACGCCUAGAAGCACGCCCGAACUAAAAAUGUUUUUUCCGGAGCAGAGUGCCAACGCGCGAAAACCGGAGACAUCCGUCCCAAUAAACGUUAUCAACACGGCGGCGGUGACCAGCAAGGUGGAACCCAAGCCACCCAACGAGACCCCGAAGAAACAAGAUUUUUUUAAGAAGGAGAAAUCCCAUGCGGCGAAAUGCGACUCAAAGAAUGCGGCCAAGCACGAGAAGGGUUGUUCGGUCCAACUCAAUUUGAAAGCCGACCAAAAUGACCUGAAUAAAAUGUUGCCCAAGUUCAAAUAUGACAAUGAGCUGGUCCCGAAAGCGGAUUACGCCAUGAACCAAAUCCCGAAUUAUCACACUACUCACGCGCAGUACCAAUGGUCCGCUUGGGAUCCCAGGCUACAAGGCACCUGGGAUCCCAACAGGUUUCUGGAUAUGAAAAACAACGACAAAAACUACCUGGACAAGUUUCAAGGGUUCAACCUGCCACAUCUGGACCAGAUGCAGAAGUCACCGCAAAAGCUGCCGAAGUACGAUCAGAAGGAUUUUCACAAUCUCGCGUACGGGGCGUUGUCCAGCGGUAUAUACGGAACGACAGGCUUGCCGCAUUUCAAGGAGGCAAAAGCGCCGACCUCGAAGGCGUCCGAAUGCGCCCAGAAGAACGAGUGUAAGCCCAGUAAGCAGUCGAAGACCACGACCGCCUGCCAGACGCAGUGCGACUCCAAGAAGUCCCAGUCUCAAGGGCACAGCGCGGCCGAGGCCCAGUUGAAGCAGAUGAUGCAGCGGCAGGUGAACAAACAGCAGGAGGUAGUCACCAGCUGCGCGGAGUUCAGGCAACAGAGCCCCCAAGUGCUCACAUCGCCCGGCUGCAAGACGCCGUUCAGCCAGAACGGGCCGUGCGGCCAGGAGAAGACGGAGAUAGAGAAGAAGUCGCGGCAGCACUCCAAGAAGGAGGAGUCGCCGAAAGACGGAAGCAAGGAAGAGAUGUGCGAAGCCGUCAGCCCCGCGUUGCAGUCGAUGGGUGUCUACACGCCGGACUCUACUAGCAACUCUGUCCACUCGGUGCAGUACCCCGCCUGUGAGUUGGACGUGAGCCAGCUGGGCCUGGAGUCACCCACCAGCAUCGGCUCCGACCUGGCUUCGCCGUGCUCCAUGAUGCACAUGCAUCCAGUCCCCAGCCCCCAGUACCCGCACUCGUCGAUACACAUACCGUCCAUAAUGACACAGACCAACCAGCCUGCUAAGCAGCAAAAGAUCAACAAUCGAAAUAGGAGCGGUGCGCAGAGUGCGGGCGGCGGUGGUGGGGGCGGCGGGGGCGCGGGGGCGGAGUCGAAGGCGCUGCGCGGAGCGGCAACGCCGCCGGCCCGCCACCGCGCAACGCCGCCGCACCAGCCGCACGGUCAGAUUCCUCUUUUAUGCGGAGCGGUGAUGCAGGGCGGCGGCGGCUACCAGGGCGGCUACCUGUCGUUCCAGCAGCAGCAGCAGUACCACGGCGGCUGGGCGCCCUCCUGCUCGCUGAGCAAGCUGCAGCAGAUGGCCGAGGCGCCGCAGCACCACCCGCCGCACACGCCGCCCGCCCCCUCUGCUCCCCAGUAUGGGCAGCAAUCAGGGACUCCACCUGGUGGCCACUACCACGCCGCAGCCAAGUACUACACGCCAGCGCACAACCAGCUCGAGUCGCCUAGGAACGCAAGAAACACCACCAGCAACCUGAGUCCGAUGCAGCACAUGCAGAUGGCGCCCGGCUCGCGGAUGUCGCCGAACAUCAACACGCACAUAAUCAGCCAGUACGGGCUGAACGGGUACCGGGUGCCGCCGCAGCAGCAGUUCAACAACCUGCAGAUGAUGAACGUGCAGCCGGCGGUGCCGGUGCAGUAUCCGGCCGCGGACCCGCGCGCCCAGCAGCCGAACGUGUACGCCUACGCGGGCUACAUCAACCCGCCGCCGCCGCUCGCCAUGCAGACCCUCAAUUCGACGAUGCGCCGG